GGGGCGUAGGGUGAAAACCUGCAGGUUUCGCUCGGUUUCAAGAAGCCAUGGCCUGAGCUGGAUGUUCCUUUUCCGCGAGAAGGGUGAGAAGGACGAGGCCCACACCCCGCGUGCCACCACCCCGCGCUCGCGCCGGGAGUUCCUGGCGGUGAAGGCGGCCAAAUGGAUUGGCGGUGCUGCCCGUCAGGCGACCGCGCUGGUGCGUCUGAAGGGCCUCAGUGCCGAGGGCCUGCGUGCUGACCUGGAGACCAGGGCGUCCAGCACCCCCGAGUCCUUGGAGCUGGCGCUCACCGAAUGGAACAAGCUGCUAGCCAACGCCGAUGAUACCCCUCGAUAUGAGAAUCCGAGCGGCGACGCUGCAAUGACCUACCGCACUGCAUUCCUUGCCAGCAAAGCUUACGAGCUGUGCUUGCAAACGGCUGCCACAGGACUGGCUAGCGGUCGCAGUUGCGCCAGCAAGCCCACGUUGGCACAGUGCGGUGCUUGGCAAGGCUUUGCCAAGGCGUCCACGUUGCCGGGCUGCGAUGGCUUACUGUUGCAGCUGCCGGCCCUGCUCGCAGAGAGCAGGGCCUACGAGGCAGGGCGCUGGGCCGGGGAGGUUGCGCUGGCGCUAAAGGCGGACGCCCAGAGCGAGCACCUCCGGAGCCAGCGGGGCCUGGCCGCCCAGCGCGCCGAGCAACUGCGGGCGCAGCUUCGGGACCAGCCAGCUGCAACAUCUCCGGCAGCUGCAGAGGAUCACUGCCGGGCAUCCGCAGAUGCGGUGCGGCACUACUUGGGCUUCCGCGUUGGGCUGGACGAGGCCAGCGCGCGCCUGCAGCGACUUGCGGAGGAGCGGCGCCAGAAGAUGCAGGAGGCGCAGCAGAGCCUCGAGGCCAUGGCCCGAGCCGCCCGGGAGCGCGCCGGCGCGGCGGAGGCGCAGCGAGAGGCCAUCUUGAACGAUCGAGCUGCCGCCCUGGAGGCACCGAAGAAGGCGCUGGAGGAGUUUGAGAAGGAUCCCAAGCAGGUGGAGUCUGAGGAGCAGAUCCGCCAGCUCGAGGAGCAGCGGCGGCAGCUGCUGCAGGAGCUGGAGGUGGCCUCCCGGCAACUGGGCCAGGAGCGCCAGCAGCGCCUGCAGCUGCUGUCGCAGCGGGAGGCCCACACCAGCACUUGCCGCGCCAAGAGCGAGCAGCUGGAGCGGGAGCUGCAGGAGCUGAGGCCCGCCAAGUUCUACAAGGUGCUGGCAGCACGGGCGGCCAGCAUGACAGAAGGAGAGAUCCUGACCGCGCUGAAACGUUGCACCGAGCGCCUGCGCAGCACGGCGCAGCGCUUCCAAGCGGCGGGGUUGGAGCACCACAACGCGCAGCGCUUGGAGUUGCAACGCCAACGCCAGGGAGUGGAGCAGCAGGCGCGGGAGGCCCUGCAGUACCACGCCCAGAUAGAGCUGGGGCACCUGGAUGCGGCAGCCCAGACAGCGCGGCGCUGCGUGGCGAGCCUAUUGGACGUGGCGCGGGCCCGCGCAGACCUGGUGGCACGCGGCCUGUCCCCGGAGCUGGAGCAGCUCUACUCCGUGGCAGCGAUGCCCAGGAGGCAGGACAUGCGAGAGCUCCGGGCUGCUCUCUCGUCUGCGGAGUGCGCUUGGAAUGAGGCAACCGCCUUUUGGAGCCAAGACACAGCGAAGGUGAAGGAGUUUGCUUCCGCGGUGCUGCCACAGCUGGAGGCAGCACGCGAGCGGCUGGCGCGCGUUGUGGAGGAGCUGAGUGUGGACCCUGCUCUCUACGAGUUGGCGAUGAGUGAGGACGGCCAGGCUCCUGAAGUGCACGACUCGGGUUUGCCUCAUGGCUGGGAGGCCCUUGUCACAGAGGAUGAUGGCGAAGUGUACUACCACAACCUAGUGGCAGGCUCCACCCAGUGGGAGCUGCCCACCCAGGAUGCGGCGGUUUGCGCAGGCUGGCGGCUCUUCCAGGCGGAGGACGGAGGCUGGUUCUAUCACAACCCCUACGAUGGCAACAGCUUGUGGUGGCCCGGGCUGCCUACUUAUCCAGCGCAGCCUGACUCCUUGGAGAGCCUCCAAAAGGAGGCUGAAGAAGGCUGAAGCACGCGAUGCCGCUCCGGACGAAGUCAAAACAUAGGCUUCGAUAGCGACCUGGCGCGCCAUGCGUGCUCAG